UGCAGCCGGGGACGUGCAGCGGACGCGGGCUCCACUGCUCGCUCUCCCCUCCCGGGAGCUGGGAGCCUGUGCCAUGGGGAGCGAGAGGAGCCGGGCUUAGGCUGAGCAGCCGCCGCCGCCGCGAUGAGCAGCCCCAACCCCAGCCCGGGAUCGUGCCGCUUCGCCGACUACUUUGUGCUGGCUGGCAUCGACGCGGACAGCGGGCUGGAACCCGACGAGCUCUCAGCGCUAUGCCAGUGGGUAGAAGCAGACCGGUAUGGCAGGAGCCGAGAAACUCCAUGUCCAAACAAAGCCUCAGGGGAAAAUUUUGAUCAGAGUCCAUUGAGGAGAACCUUCAAGUCUAAAGUAUUAGCCCAUUAUCCUCAAAAUGUGGAGUACAACCCUUUCGAUCAAGAUGCUGUCAAUAUGCUCUGCAUGCCCAAAGGGCUGUCCUUCAAAACCCAGGCUGAAAACAGAGACCCGCAGUUCCACUCCUUCCUCAUCACACGCGAAGAUGGCUCACGCACCUACGGCUUCGUGCUCACCUUCUACGAGGAGGUCACUUGCAAGCAGAUCUGCAGUGCCAUGCAGACCCUGUACCAGAUGCACAACGUGGAACAGUACAGCAGUGUGUAUGCCUCAUCCUCCUGCAGCAUGGACUCCCUGGCGAGCAGCAUCGAUGACGGGGACAGCACCUCGCUGGCCAAAAUGCAGCGCUACAACUCCUACGACAUCAGCCGGGACACCCUGUACGUCUCGAAGUGCAUUUGCCUGAUCACCCCCUUGCCAUUCGUGCAGGCCUGUCGCAAGUUUCUGCUGCAGCUGCACAAGGCGGUGAGCUCGCAGCAGACUCCGCCGCUGCCCCUGGAGAGCUACAUUCACAACAUCCUCUACGAGGUGCCCCUGCCUCCACCUGGCCGCUCACUAAAAUUCUCAGGGGUCUACGGGCCAAUUAUUUGCCAGCGGCCUGGGCCAAGUGAGUUGCCCCUGUUCGACUUCCCGCUGCGAGAAGCCUUUGAACUACUAGGCUUGGAAAAUUUGGUACAACUCUUCACGUGCGUGCUUCUGGAGAUGCAGAUCCUUCUGUACUCGCAAGAUUACCAACGGCUGAUGACGGUGGCUGAGGGGAUCACGGCUCUUCUCUUCCCCUUCCAGUGGCAACACGUCUACGUUCCCAUUCUCCCGGCCUCCCUACUGCACUUUCUCGAUGCUCCAGUUCCCUACCUGAUGGGCUUGCAGUCUAAGGAACCCAAUGACCGGUCCAAGUUGGAGCUUGCACAGGAGGUCAACAGCCCCUCACUUGUACAAGGAAGAGAAGCAUUCACGAUCUCCGUACAUCAUCCUCAUCAAAGUGGGUACUCUUUUAAAGCAAAGGCGAAUCUGUGUUUUGUGGACAUUGACAACCACUUCAUCGAUCUGCCGGAGGAUUUCCCGCAGUUCCCGAACAAGCUGGAGUUUAUCCAGGAGAUCUCGGAGGUGCUUCUUCAGUUUGGGAUCCCUCCCGAGGGGAACUUGCACUGCAGCGAGAGCGCCACCGAGCUGAAGAACCUGGUGUUGGAUGAGCUAGACAAGAAGAACGGCAACCUGACCAGCACCACCAUCGACAUGUACGAGCUGCUGAAAGGCAACGAGACGCUGGCCCGGCUUCAGGCCCUGGCAAAGCGGACGGGGGUGGCCGUGGAGAAGAUGGAAAUCGCGGCGCCCCUGGAGAAGGAGAAGGACACCAAAUGCCAGUGCAGCGAGGAAGAGCUGCGUGAUUACAAACUGGCUGUGCAGCUCCGCGAAGUCUUUGCCAAGCGCUUCACCCAGAUGUUCGCCGAUUACGAGGCCUUUGUCAUCCAACCCACGCAGGAUAUGGAGUCAUGGUUGACCAAUCGGGAGCAGAUGCAGAAUUUUGACAAGGCCUCAUUUCUGUCUGACCAGCCAGAGCCCUACCUUCCUUUCCUCUCGCACUUCAUAGAGACCCAGAUGUUUGCCACUUUCAUUGACAAUAAGAUUGUGUCACUGUGGGAGGAGAAGGACCCUCUUCUCAGGGUGUUUGAUUCACGCAUCGAGAAAAUGAAGAUCUACAACGUUCGCGUCCCCACAAUACGCACCUCGAAUUAUCAGAAGUGUACCAUCUUGAAAGAAGCUGCCCAAGCCAUUGAGCAGCGCCUGGUGAAGAUCGACCACACUGCCAUCCACCCACACCUGCUAGAUAUGAAGAUUGGACAGGGCAAGUACGAGCAAGGGUUCUUCCCUAAGCUCCAGGCAGAUGUACUGGCAACAGGGCCGACCAACAACAAUCGAUGGGCAAAUCGAGGCGCCACAGCACAGCGGAGGAAAGAUCGCCUUCGGCAACAUUCGGAGCACCUGGCACUGGACAACGACUUGAAGGAGAAAUACAUCCAGGAGGCCCGGAGCUUGGGGAAGAGCCUACGCCAGCCGAAGCUCUCUGAUCUGUCGCCUGCUGUCAUCGCGCAAACCAACUGGAAAUUUGUGGAAGGACUGCUCAAAGAAUGUCGCAUUAAGACCAAGCGAAUGCUGGUGGAAAAGAUGGGACACGAGGCAGUGGAGCUGGGACACGGAGAGGCCAACAUCACCGGCUUAGAGGAGAACACCUUGAUCGCAAGCUUGUGUGACCUGCUGGAGAGAAUCUGGAGUCAUGGGCUGCUCAUCAAACAGGGGAAGUCAGCACUCUGGUCCCACCUGAUGCACUAUCAGGAGUAUGAGGAGAAGCGGGAAGCAACUGUGGAGACCCCAGUUGCAGCCGGGCCGGAACGGCGGAAGUCGGAGUCAGGACUGAUCUUGCCAACCCUCAAGGUUUCCCUCAUCCAUGACAUGAGACAUGUCCAGCAAAUGAGUGAGAUCAAGACAGACGUUGGUCGUGCCCGGCUUGGAUCCGGCUCUCCCUCGAAAAAAAGGUGCUUUCUCAACAGCUCAAGCAACUGUUUAUUCAACCAAAAUCUCAUCAAGAAGCUAUACAAGCGUUACGCCUUUCUACGCUGUGAGGAGGAGAAGGAGCAAUUCCUGUAUCACCUAUUGUCGCUCAAUGCCGUGGACUACUUCUGCUUUACCAGUGUUUUCACAACUAUUAUGAUCCCAUACAGAGCGGUCAUAAUCCCCAUCAAAAAGCUGAGUAAUUCCAUCACCACCUCCAAUCCUUGGAUCAGUGUGUCGGGUGAACUGGGUGGCACCGGGGUGAUGCAAGUCCCCAAGAACCUCUUGGAGAUGACAUUUGAGUGCCAGAAUCUGGGCAAACUGACAACCGUUCAGAUUGGACAUGACAACUCAGGGCUUUUAGCCAAGUGGCUGGUGGAUUGCGUGAUGGUCAGGAAUGAGAUCACAGGACACACCUACAGGUUCCCGUGCGGCAGGUGGCUGGGGAAAGGGGUGGACGACGGCAGUUUGGAGAGGAUCCUGGUCGGCGAGCUCAUCACCCCGGUGGUGGAGGAGGACCUGAGCAAGCAGUGCCGCACUCCGCCACAGCUGCGGUCCCCAACCGUCACCCGACGACUCAGCAUCACCUCCCUCGGAGGGAAGACCGGCAAGCCAAACGCUGGACAAAUCCAAGAGGGAAUUGGGGAGUCUAUCAAUAAUAUUGUGAAGCACUUUCACAAGCCAGAGAAAGAGAGAGGCAGCCUGACCAUUCUGCUGUGUGGGGAGUUCGGCCUGGUCUCUGCCCUGGAGCAAGUCUUUCACCACGGAUUCAAGUCAGUUCGCCUCUUCCAGAAGAACGUCUUCAUCUGGGACUUCAUAGAGAAAGCGGUCACCUACUUCGAAUCCGUUGACGAGGAAGAGGCUCAAGUCAACCUGCUGGAGGGGAAAAGUUGCACGGAAUCCUCGAAGUCACUAUGUCAGUACGUGAACGCCAUCAAUAGCACACCGAGGAAUAUCGGGAAAGAUGGGAAGCUGCAGCUGCUCGUGUGUCUCGGGGCCAGGGACCACUUGCUGCCCCAAUGGAUCCCGCUGCUGGCAGAGUGCCCGGUGAUCUCGAGGAUGUAUGAGGAUGGUGCCCUGCUCCGUGACCGCGCCUCUGUCAACAACCUGAUCCGUGUCCUCCAGACACUACAAGAGUUCAACAUUACACUAGAGACCUCGCUGGUCAAGGGCAUUGACGUGUAGCAUCGGUUUUCCAAAGGCAGGGACCCUUCCCCGCCACCUCCAACGUGUCGACUGAGGAAGGGUCUCCUGUCCACGUUGCCAAGAGUACCAAUCACGUGACACUGUAUGGAGAUGGACAGCAAACCGACUGCCGACCCUGGCAGAAGAAAAUAGUAUUGAUAAUGUUAUAAAGAAGUCAAAUAGAUAAUGAAGAGUAUUUUUGCCUGUUGGAUGUGUGUAAAUAAAUUGUACCUUUACCGAAAAGUUAUUACACUGUCAGCUGUUCACCAGAACCUACUGGUCAAAAAGUAGCAUUGAUUUAGAAUACUCCGGGGGAACUCCCCUCCCAGCAUUCUACCCCAUUUGUGUAAAUAUUCUCUUUCUUUUUUGCGGGUAAACUGAAGAAAACCUCGGAAUCCCAUUUGGGGCUGUGGAAUGUGGUGACCACGUGUGUCUCGCGCUUCCCUCCAUUCUUGUUUUGGAUGUGUCUCUUGUGUUCCCCAGUUGCAGAAGGAUUAGUUCAAUGCUCCUGAUGCCUCCCUGUGCUUUUCUCCCCCUCUGAUCCCUCCAUCUUCUGCAGCAGCUGGAAAAGAUGUAAGACCACUGAUUAAUUCACGACUGAUGAGUAUCCACCUCAGUGCUGCAGGGAGUCUGUGAGUUCAUCUCCAUCCAAGUGUACAGGUGCAGAAAGAAAGCAUUGUGAGGGGAGGUGUCCUACUGGAGCAGGACUAGCCUCGUGUGCUGUCAAAACCCUCCAAAUUAUAAAACUAUAUAUUUGACCAUGUUUAGAUGAUUUAUUGGUUGAAACAUAAUGCUCUGUUUGGAUUUGUGGGUAAGUCCUCCCCCUGGUGGGCAGGGAGGGAAGUGUGGCAUCCUCUCCAUAACCUCUUGAAAGAACAGAGCAUCCCUUCCCCUUUCUGCCUGGCCCUUGGGGGAGGGAGAAUCACAGAUAAACACACCCCCCCCCCCCCAAAACUCCACUGCCUCCUUUGGCUAAACAGCCCAAUGACACUCCCCGCUCAGAGUGACUGGUUGAACAUGUUGAAGAGCAGAGCAUAAAAUACUCAGGGUGGAAAGUGGGAAGGCGGGUCUUGUGGGUGGGAGGAGAGACAGUAUUCUUGUUUUUCUUUUAAAAAUCAAUAUUUAAGGAAAUCCAUCAACUGCUGGACACAUGAAAUUAAACAGAAAGUGCUGGCGCUGAAGAGCCAUUGAGGAGAGGAAAGGCCAUUAACUUUGCAAGCACAGCACUAAGGGCCUUGAACUCCAAUGUUAAUCUGCCUCGUGGUUCCAGAGACCGAGUAUUUCCAGCACAUUUCCAUCACUGCAAGGAGUUGCCUUGGGGAGAUAACUGAAUACCACAGGCGAGGAAUCCCAGUGUUACGAGGAGUUCUGAAGGGGAGCUUUCAGAGAUAAAGGCCCCAUCCCCCUGUGGUUUUGAACACAAGGCUGUCAGGGAGUACAGUUCUUACUCCUACUGUCCUGAGAAUCUCCUGUAGGCUUCAAUCCCACGAUUCAGGAUUGAACAGAUGAGUUCGAACAUUCUGUACUCUGUUGGGGAGGAACUCGGGAAGGUAACCGUGGAGUCCUAACCAUUUAGGCUUGCCUUUACUUUAAGGGAGAUUUUCUUUUAAUUUGGGUCCCUUCGCUUCUGGACAAAGUUAAGAUCUGUAGGUAACCCAGACCAGAGUAUUGGAGGAUAGUCAGCACCUACAAGCGUACCUGCCUGGUGAUCUCCCACCCUUCUGGGAAUAGGAGUAUAGGUCUGGCCUCUGAAGAUUCCUCUAUGAUUCCUCCUUACCAAGGUUAUAUCGAACAUGCAGUGAAAUAACCUGUCCCCGACUGGCCCUCUGAAACUCCAGAUGUGAAGUAGUUUAUAAUGGCCUUUCCAAUAUUGUAAUUGGCCUCGUCUGUUUGCCAAUGGCCCUCAGAUCAUCCUAAAUUCUCCAGCAAUUAAAGAUUAGCCUCCCUAGAUAUUGCUGUGAGUGAUUCCUGGAGGAACAAAAUAAUUAGGCAUGAAUAAAAUAGCAUAUUUUCUCGUUUUAUUUGAACAUGAUCAGCAGGAAUAUCCUUGCUGGGCAGGAGUGGGUGAGAGGUCAAACCUCCAGGACUUACCAGAAUUCACAACCCUGUGGAAAUGCUUGGAACGGCAGCUUCUAGGACCUGGAAAUGAUGCAUGGACGUGCACCUUCCACGUUCAAACACUGAGCUUUGCCCCUAACCACAGAACCAGGGUGUGUACGGACACUGUCAUCUUAGAAACCAUUGAAAAAAUUUAAGGCACUUUAUCAGAAUAUCUGAAGACAAAGAGGAACCAGAACCAAUUGCAUCAUGGACCACUGUUAAGAUGGCACAUCCAACCAUUCAGCUGUGUGCAGCAGGUUGUGUGGGAUUUGAUAUUCACUCUGAGCCAAGCCUUCGCGGUCAGCUGCAACUGGGCUCUUGCUUUUGCUCCACUGAUAGCAGACUAAGGCAAAGAAAUCAGCCAGGGUUCUUUCGCUGGUGACAACAGGAGAGUGUGUGGCCGGGGGUGGGUGAGGCAGGCUCAGCCUCACCCCUGAUGCUGACCACGGCCGGAUCGCCAUUGACUUCCCAGGUUCCUGCGUUGAAAGCAGUCACCUGGCUGAAGCACCUUAGCCCUAUGGGAGGCAAUAUCCCACAGGGUAAAGCAGAAGAUCGAGACUGACAGCAAAAUAUGAAUUGAAGGGUGAUUUCAGGGGUAAAUUCUGAACAUUAUGGUUUGUUUAUGUACGUGUGUGCGCCUGUAUGAGAAUCUAGUGAACUGUGCGAGAAGCCACCCUAGUCUGCCUUCCUUGCAUCACAACCAAGGACAGUGAUUUAUCCUCAAUAGUGUUAACCUUGCUCUGACACCACCCACGGGAAGAGCAUUGAUUCCACCAGUGAAUAGAUAGGUGUUGAGACUUUAAAUCACCUGCAAAGGUGCCUUUACCUCAGCUAAUGCUCUUGCUAGGUUGCUGAUCAGUUAUUAGAAUAAACUUGGGGAUCAUUAGAUGUGAUUCUUGUUUGUAGGCACAUUACAGCAUAGGAAGGACAGUUUGCCUCAACACCAUGAUAGCAGGGUUUGUGUUCCGCAACAGUCUCCUCACACCGGCCUUCACCUAAUCCUAUCAGUGUAUCUUUCUCCACAUUCCUCAAUCUUGAACUCAACCCGUUUUACUGCAUACAAGUUGUUUUCCCUCAGUCAUUGCAUGUGGUUGUGACUUCUACAUUUUGGGUAAAGUCUUUGUCCUGCAUUCCUUAGUGUUAUUUAUUAAAAAUUAUCUUAUUUGCGACUCCUACUUUUGGACUGCUUCACAAAUGCAAAGCCUCUGUUUACUUUAUCAAACCCCUUUUAAAGCACUCCAGCAGACCGCGCCUCACUUUUUUUUCUAGACUUGUUCAAUCUUUUGUGCUCAGUAUUACCCGUCAGAUCUGCUUCUGUCUGUCAACAGUGUGGGUUUCCAAUACUUCUGGUCACUCUCCUUUGCAUCAGUUAAGGGCUGAUUUUCCCAGUCAUACACUAGGCAUGCAGACUAUCACUGACUCUGCACGUGCUCCUACUGAAGCUUCAGGCUAACCACACUCGCACGCUACCUGGGUUUCUGUAAAAUAAGGCAUUCUUAUUAUUUAAGAAUCUGAUAGACGUUAUCAGUAGAAAAUGUGAAUUGCUGACUUUGUAUAUGUGUCCUAUAACUAAUGCAUUGGUAAUAA